GUUUCCGGGCCAGCCUCUCAUCUGCAGGUCCCGAUUCAGCGAGAACUCUUAAAACGGUACAAGAUAUGCCACACCCAGCAGCCAAGCGAACGCACCACUACCACAACAACAGACAUGCAGCAAUACAAGGACACCCAAUCGCAACAAAGUAGACCCACGCGCGCACACAGCGGCGAUAAGCCCACGCUAUGCCGAAACGUGCAGGCAGAAAAAAGCUUGGAAGGCGCGAGUGGGCGCGACAUGCAGCGCGCGGAGGCCGGUCGUGCGCGCAGCAGGGAUGUGCACGCUCACACCCAUACUACGCAAGUGUGUAGUAUAACCACACACGCGAAGGAUGACGCAAGUGCCAAACACAAACAGGUGAACCCAGGCACCCGACACGAGCAAAGCAGAACAACGGGCGAGUAUGGGCCAGAUAGUAUACGUAUCACACACGUCCAUAGCAACCGAACCGAAAGUACACGCAUCACACACGUCAAUAUCACCCGAGCCGAUAGUACACGCAUCACACACACCCAUAGCAACCGAGCCGAUAGUACACGCAUCACACACACCCAUAGCAACCGAGCUGAAGGGCUGAGUGACACGACAGCUGUCGAGGGAUGCAGCAAGCCAGAGCGCGGGAAGCGUAGAAAGGCCGGGUGGCUACGGAAGAAGCUCAACAAACAACGCGUGCGAGAUGGUUGCGCGGUGCAUACACCGAGCCAUGACACACACACUCACACAGACACACAUACGCACACAGACACACAUACGCACACAGACACACACACACACACACACAAUCUGGUACAUCUACACACAGGUGUGCACGUGUCCGAUGUCAGUGAUGAGUGUCAGCUGCAGCCACCGCCGGUGCCCCAGAUACUACCACCACCGGUUGAGUACAACCACACGCCACACGUGCACUCUCUGGGUAGGGCGGAGGAUCGAAGCCCAAGUGAUGUGAAUAACUGUAUUGACCGUAGUAGCUCAGCCGGAAACACUGUGAACAAGGAUGUGCACAAAGGCCAAGACAACAGCCCUGCGCUUAUCCACCACGCCGAUCCGUUUAACGGCACCAAUCACACCAGACACGCCUCUCCGAACACUAGUACAAAUGCAAAGUGUACUGAGACUACGCCUGGCAUUACGGAUACACACAACGAGAGUGACAUCACCAUGUCUCUGGACUCCGUUGUGGCUGCAGGCGAUCCGUUUGACGGCCCACCCACGCCAUGCGUCAACCCCGAGACAGACAGCGAACACGAACAUAAACACGAACACGAACACGAACACGAACACGAGGGAUAUUCACAGGACAGCAGGGCUACCACAAGACUAACAGACGCCUCACAAACCACUCCACACACACACACACACACACCACCCGCGGCAGUGGGGACGGGUGCACCUCCCCACACAACGAGAAUGCCGAACAAGCGGUCUGUGUUGUUUUCAUUGGUCUCGAGGGUUGGUGAGACAGGACCUGGUACGAGCGAGGGCGUCCGUUGUCAUGGUAACGGGAAGUCGCAAUUGUCCUCGCCUAUCACACGCACCCAGCCCUCAGGAAAACGGACUUGGACAGGUGUAAAUCCAACGUCUACCCUAGCCAGUGGCAGUGCACAAAGGCUUUCGAGCCAUGCAUCGCUCAAGGGUUCCAUGGUGUGUGUCGACAUUGUUUGCAGCGGUGACUUUGAUCAGAUUGAUUGGUGA